AUGCCGUAUCGAAUGUAUGCAACGACAAGUACAGAGGCGGACUUUUAUGCGAUUUUAGAAGUGCCACGACAUGCAUCCAAAGCCCAAAUUAAGAACCAGUUCUACCGACUCUCGAAGCAAUACCACCCGGACGUGAGCAAGACGGAGGAAGGAAAGAUUCAGUUCCAGCGCGUGAGUGAGGCGUAUGCGACGCUGAGCAACGAUGCACAGAGACGAGCAUAUGAUCAAAAACUAGGGGUUGGGCGCUCUUCGACCAUGUAUUCAUCAUCACGCCGGUCACCACAUGACCCGCCACCCAUGUCGGCCGCAUCGCGAUUUGCGCAUGCCCGUUCUGCAUGGGAGUACCAACAACGGACUCACCAACGCACACAUUCAGCAUCGCCGCGGUAUUCGGCAGGCGCACGAAGCAGGAUGAACCAUAACACGAUGAGUGAAACUACGCAUCACUACGCACGCAUGGCGGAACGAGAGGCCAAACGAAGUGAAGCACGGCAGCGAUAUGGUCCGACGCCUGCACACGCACAUGCGAAUCCUAGCAGUUACCGGGCAUGGAGUGAGAAGCGUUGGAACCAUGAAGAACGGCAGGCGGAGAUGGCUAGUCCUGUUGUCCGCUUUUUGCAAGUGGCAUCUGUGAUGGGCGGUGCCAUUUGGCUCAGCCACAAGCUGCUUUCUUGA